AUGUCCACUACCUCGCUCUCUCCUCUAUCGCCGAUCCCGCCCGAGCUGACGCUGGACGAGCUCAAGUCCUUUCGCGCAGCGCUGUCCCCUUCGAUCCGCUCGGACCUGGACGCGUGGUUGACGAUCCUCACGGCAACAGUCGUUUCGUGCCAUCACGGCCCUGAAUCCAUCGUCCACCUCUACGAACUCGCCUUGACCCAGACCACUUCUUCUUUUUCCGCUGACGAAACUUCGCGCAAGUCUGCAUCGCAGCGAAUCCAACGACUUAUCCAAGAGGCUCUCGUCAAAGGCUCCGUGAUUCACGGUAUCCCCCCUUCGCUCGAUACCAUCUUCGCCCUUCUCACGCACAUCCGCGCAACUUCGCCCUCUUACCUCCUGGACGCCUCACACUUCGCACGUCGAUCUUCGCUGGACAAACCCAUCUCAUCCCUUACCGCAUCCGCGCAUGAAGCUCUGCGUCGAGUAUACAAGCACAACCUCGACCAGAUCCUCACCGAAAAGAUGGGCGACAACAUGGAGGAUCUGAAGUUUUUGACCCUUGAGAUCAACUAUGGGUUCAAUUUGGCGUGUCAAGAGGUGAUAGGGUGGAAGUUGACCGAAUUGGUGGUGCUUGCUGCGCUGGUGACGCAGAAUUGUCGUACGGAAGUUUCAUGGCACCUGCGAGGCGCGCUGAGAGCCGGCUGGAGCAGGGAGGAUGUGCAGAGCGUGAGAGAGGUUGCAAUGAGCCUGGCUAGACGCUUGGGGGUGAGGACAGAUAAGGUACCGGACUUGGACGAGGUCAAGGAGGAUAGCAACGAUUGA